AUGGGAAUGUACUCCACUCAAUCAAUCAGUUCAAGUGUAUUACAACAAAGUCAAAGUAACAUAGAAGAGCAACGUCGAGUGCGGCUUGAUGCACAAAAAGAACGAGCUCAAUCUAACCGAAUGAACGAAACAGCUGAACAUCGUCAAAUUCGGCUUGAAAAGCAAAAACAUCGAGAUCAAUCUCGUCGAUCAAACGAAACAGAAGAACACCGUCAACUUCGCCUUGAAAAGCAAAAAACACGAAAUCAAUCGAAUGAAACAAUAGAACAACGUCAAAUUCGACUUGAAAAACAAAAAACACGAACUCAAUUGAAUCGUUCAAAUGAAACAGAACAACAACAUCAAAUUCGACUUGAGAAGCAAAGGAAACGAAGCGAAGCAAGCAGAAUGUCUAUGUCAGUACUAGCUGAUGUUACUUGUACAAUUUGCAACGUUCGUACUCCAAUACAACAGUCAAAAAAAGUGCCACUCUCAAAAACUCCUAAUAUUCAUUUACUUAAAGUUUCUGAUGAACUCAAAAAUUUAAUUACUAAUGGUUCACCAUCGUUAUCACAACAUUUAGACGCUGCCAACAAUAUGUGGUUAGGUGACGUACCUUCUGAAUUACAAGGAUUGACAAUUCCAGAAGAAAAAUUGAUAUCACUCUAUCGUCACAACAGCUGUAUAAUAAAACUUCAUUCGCCUUUCCAUUCAACUACAACUGCCCAGACAGCAUUGAAAGGCAACUGUAUUACUUUUCUUCAAAAUGUACCAAAUAUUGUUAAUAGUUUACCACUUACACUUAACGAGCUGUGUGAUACACUUAAAGUAAUUUUCGUCGGAGCUCAUCCUCCUGAACGCAUUCAACUUAAAAAAGUGCUUACAGUACGCAAAAAGAAAAUUAUCGAAGCAUUACAUUGGCUGAAGAAACACAACGUACUUUAUCAAAAUGUUGAUAUAAAUCUGAAGAAUAUUGCUCAAUUACCUGAAGACGAUGUACCAGAAUGUAUUAUGUCAACGAUGGAACAGAAGAUAGGCGAUGAAGAAAUUCAAUCUGAAAGAAUUGGAUAUAUUCCUGAUCCAUUAUCUGACCCAAUAGAACGUACUAGUACAGAUAGUAUUCCUAUUACUAACAGUGGUGUUCUCGAUGUCAACGGCUCAUCAGUGUCUUCAGAUGAAAUUACUAAUUAUCUUUUGCACAAAAUUAAAAAUGACGGAACAGAGGAACAGAUGGACACCGAAAAUGUUUAUUUGAUUCCUCAUUCUUCGAAGCCUGUUAACGAGUAUUUUAAUCCAAAACUACUCGUAGGUCUGUAUCCAACCUUAUUCUGUUAUGGACGUGGCGCACCUGAAGAUCAAUCGCGUCCAGUUAAAGUAAAUUUACGAGAACACAUACGUUAUCUGUUAUCGUACAAUGAUCGACGUUUUGAAACGAACCACGGUUUUAUAUUUGUCGUCUUCAAUCUAUUACAACGACAUGAUGCUUGUUUUCAUGCUCAGCUGAUCGCAACAAAACCUUACUUUCGAGCAUCUGCUGAUGAAAUUCAAUCCUUGAAAAGUAAAGAUAUUGAAAUGGCGCUCGAUAACAUUUCCAAAAAAACAUACAGUUCAGAAUCCAACAGUGCAUUAAAUAAAUUAUUGCAUCAUAUUAAAACCAUCGGUGGUCGAGUUAUGGGUUCAGCAUAUUCACGUACGGCAUUACGUACGCGUAUUCAUGCAUUAAUCUAUAAUCAAGGAUUACCAAGCAUUUUUUUAAUUUUAAAUCCAGCUGAUAUUCACAGUCCCGUGGCAUUAUAUUUUGCGGGAGUCAAGUUGGAUUUAGAUAAUAUUCAAUUAGCGCAACUGAUGACUACUUACAAAAGAGCCGAAAUUAUAGCUUCUCAUCCUGUUGCUACCGCAAAAUUUUUUCAUUUAUUAAUUUCAAAUAUCUUAAAUACUAUGCUUAGUGGUGGUGUUCUUGGACCAAUAAAAGCUUAUUUUGGUACUGUUGAAAGUCAAGGACGAGGUUCGCUUCAUUUGCAUCUUCUUAUUUGGCUUGACCAUGAAAUGAAACCAGCUGAUAUGAAAGAGAAGAUUCAAAAUGCUGAUUUUCGUGAAAAGUUAAAGGCAUAUUUAGAAGAUAUUAUCAAAGAAGAUUUGGAUGAAUUCAAAGAUAAACAUGUCUUUGAGAAUUUAGACGUGACAAGAUCAUUCGUUACUCCUCCACGAUUAUCACAAGAUAAUAUCAAUGCGGCUUUACGUACUAUUGAUUUAACAAGUUUAGCCGAAAAUAUAAAUAAAUCUUCUGUUUGA